AUGGCAUCAUCCAAUACUUUGCAAAAGGCCAUUGACCUUGUCACAAAAGCUACUGAAGAAGACAAGAACAAAAACUAUGAAGAAGCUCUGCGUUUAUAUGAGCAUGGUGUAGAAUAUUUUCUGCAUGCCGUCAAAUAUGAAGCUCAGGGCGAAAGGGCUAAGGAAAGUAUAAGAGCCAAGUGCCUACAGUACCUUGAUAGAGCCGAAAAACUCAAAGAGUACCUCAAAAAAGACAGCAAGAAGAAACCAGUCAAGGAUGGAGAAUCCAACUCCAAAAGCGAAGAUAAAAAGAGCGACAGUGACAGUGAUUCCGAUAAUCCUGAGAAGAAAAAGCUUCAAGGAAAACUUGAAGGUGCUAUUGUAGUGGAGAAACCUCAUGUGAAGUGGAGUGACGUGGCUGGGUUAGAGGCAGCUAAGGAAGCUUUGAAAGAAGCUGUUAUCCUCCCCAUUAAAUUCCCUCAUCUCUUCACAGGUAAAAGAAUACCUUGGAAGGGAAUCUUACUCUUCGGACCCCCUGGUACUGGUAAAUCUUAUUUGGCUAAAGCUGUUGCUACUGAAGCCAAUAACUCAACAUUCUUCUCUGUCUCUUCCUCCGAUCUGGUUUCCAAGUGGCUUGGUGAGUCUGAGAAGUUAGUGAAGAAUCUCUUCGAGCUAGCUCGCCAACACAAACCUAGUAUCAUAUUCAUUGAUGAAAUAGAUUCUCUAUGCUCAUCUCGAUCCGACAACGAGUCUGAAUCGGCUCGACGAAUCAAAACCGAAUUUCUUGUACAGAUGCAAGGUGUAGGCAACGAUAUGGACGGUAUUCUAGUUCUUGGAGCUACAAAUAUCCCGUGGGUACUUGACUCUGCUAUCAGGAGACGUUUUGAGAAGCGUAUUUACAUCGCACUACCUGAAGAACAUGCGCGUUUGGACAUGUUCAAGUUGCAUUUAGGAAACACAAGGCAUCAACUCACAGAGCAGGAUUUGAAAGUGUUAGCUACUAAAACUGAAGGAUACUCUGGUGCUGACAUCUGUAUUGUAGUUCGAGAUGCGUUGAUGCAGCCGGUGCGUAAAGUGCAGUCUGCUACACAUUUCAAGAAAGUCUCUGGCCCCAGCCCGUUAGACCCUAAUGUUAUCGCAAAUGAUCUUCUAACUCCUUGCUCUCCUGGCGACCCAGGCGCGAUGGAAAUGACUUGGAUGGAUGUACCUGGUGAUAAAUUGAAUGAACCUCCAGUAACAAUGUCGGACAUGCUGCGCUCGCUAGCUAUUUCGAAACCCACUGUAAAUGACGAAGAUAUGGUCAGGCUUAGGAAGUUCAUGGAAGAUUUUGGCCAGGAAGGAUAG